AUGGCGCAGCGAAAAGAAACGCCAAAGAAGGUAUACGCCAAAUCGAACAUAGAUUCAAAGUCUAUGUGUCGACUUUGUUGCAGCAUAAUCGAUCCAAAACACUGCAAAAACCUGUACAAUAAGGCCAGUGUAAACGUGCUUGCUUCUGCCGAAUUAUUAUACGAUGGAAAACUACUGCGUGGCGAUUCACUUCCUCAUCUCGUAUGCCGACCUUGUGAAAGACGACUGGAUAACUUCAUGAAGUUUAAAAACAUGAUAUGUGAUAACCAAGACUCCAUGAUGCGCCAAAAGAGAUGCGUUGAGUUUUCGCCUUCUGCACCUACCGCUGAUGAAAAGAGUGCAAAAACAGACACACUAAUUCGUGGUAAAUCCUCUCAAAGACAAAGUCGUCAGUUGAAGCCUUUCCUCAUCAUUUGA